GCGUCCCCAGAGGGAGCCCCUGCGCUCCGUGGCCGGUCGGAGAGCGCAGCUGGGCAGAGUAGUCCCUUGGCCGGCCCCAUCCGUUCCGCAGCCCCUGCGACAGAAGGAGAGGAGGGAGUAGGAAAGGAGAGGAGGAGGAAGAAGGCAGCAGUCCUUCUGCAGCUGGGUAGGAACGUGUGCGUGCAACCCUCGACGGCUGCCCUCCAGCAUGUUGCUCGGAGGCAGAGUGGCAGCCAGGAGCUGAGCGGAGUAGAACGCAGAGCAGAGUAGCGCAAAGUGAGGAGCAGCUCGUCGGGGAGCUCCGUUUGCCCGUCGCGUUCGAUGCACACCAUGGGCGUUCUCAACCCCCUGUCCGCCGCCAAGCCCCGCGGGGCCGCUCUCCUGGUGCUGCUGCUGCUGGGGCGCGUCGCACUCUGUUCCGCCGUGGAGGAGAAGAAAGUUUGUCAAGGGACAAAUAACAAGUUGACCCAGCUGGGGCAUGUGGAAGACCAUUUCACCAGCCUGCAGAGAAUGUACAACAACUGUGAAGUGGUACUGAGUAAUCUGGAGAUUACCUAUGUGGAGCAUAAUCGUGAUCUCACCUUCCUUAAGACCAUACAGGAGGUUGCAGGCUAUGUGCUCAUUGCACUUAACAUGGUGGACGUCAUUCCCUUAGAAAACCUCCAGAUUAUCCGAGGGAAUGUGCUUUAUGACAACUCUUUCGCCCUAGCAGUCUUAUCCAAUUACCACAUGAAUAAAACCCAGGGACUUCGAGAGCUACCAAUGAAACGGCUAUCAGAAAUUCUCAAUGGAGGUGUUAAAAUCAGCAACAACCCCAAACUGUGCAACAUGGACACUGUUCUGUGGAAUGACAUCAUUGAUACAAGCAGGAAGCCUCUCACAGUUCUUGACUUUGCAAGCAAUCUUUCUUCUUGUCCAAAAUGCCAUCCAAACUGCACAGAAGACCACUGCUGGGGUGCUGGUGAACAGAACUGCCAGACUUUAACAAAAGUCAUCUGUGCCCAGCAAUGCUCUGGCCGGUGCAGAGGAAAGGUGCCCAGUGACUGCUGCCACAACCAGUGCGCUGCAGGGUGCACGGGACCUCGGGAGAGUGACUGCCUGGCAUGCCGCAAGUUUCGGGACGAUGCUACCUGCAAGGACACAUGUCCCCCGCUAGUCCUCUAUAACCCCACCACCUAUCAAAUGGAUGUCAACCCCGAGGGAAAAUACAGCUUUGGAGCCACUUGUGUGAGGGAAUGUCCACACAACUAUGUGGUGACAGAUCACGGCUCCUGUGUUCGCUCAUGCAAUACUGAUACUUAUGAAGUGGAAGAAAACGGUGUUCGGAAGUGUAAAAAAUGUGAUGGGCUAUGCAGCAAAGUGUGCAAUGGCAUUGGAAUAGGUGAACUUAAAGGGAUUCUAUCUAUAAAUGCCACAAACAUUGACUCCUUCAAAAACUGUACGAAGAUCAAUGGGGAUGUCAGCAUUCUUCCUGUUGCAUUUCUAGGGGAUGCUUUCACAAAGACACUACCCCUUGACCCUAAGAAGCUGGAUGUCUUCAGAACAGUCAAAGAAAUAUCAGGAUUUUUGUUGAUUCAGGCCUGGCCUGAUAAUGCUACUGAUCUCUAUGCUUUUGAAAAUCUGGAGAUUAUCCGAGGCCGAACCAAGCAGCAUGGCCAGUAUUCCCUUGCUGUUGUUAACUUGAAAAUACAGUCCUUGGGGCUGCGCUCCCUCAAAGAAAUAAGUGAUGGAGACAUUGCCAUUAUGAAGAACAGGAACCUCUGCUAUGCUGACACCAUGAACUGGCGCAGCUUGUUUGCUACUCAGAGUCAGAAAACAAAAAUUAUACAGAACAGAAAUAAAAACGACUGUACUGCUGACAGGCAUGUGUGUGACCCGCUGUGCUCAGAUGUGGGCUGCUGGGGCCCAGGGCCCUUCCACUGCUUUUCCUGCAGGUUUUUCAGUCGUCAGAAGGAGUGUGUGAAACAGUGCAACAUCCUGCAAGGGGAGCCACGUGAGUUUGAAAGAGACUCCAAAUGCCUCCCCUGCCACUCGGAGUGUCUGGUGCAGAACUCCACUGCACACAACGCAACCUGCACUGGACCUGGCCCAGACCACUGUGUGAAGUGUGCCCAUUUUAUAGAUGGUCCCCACUGUGUGAAGACCUGCCCUGCAGGAGUGUUGGGUGAGAAUGAUACCCUUGUCUGGAAGUAUGCAGAUGCCAAUGCUGUUUGCCAGCUCUGCCAUCCAAACUGUACACGAGGGUGCAAAGGACCAGGUCUUGAAGGAUGUCCAAAUGGAUCCAAAACUCCAUCCAUUGCAGCUGGUGUUGUUGGAGGUCUCCUGUGCCUGGUUGUGGUUGGUCUGGGCAUCGGCCUUUACUUGCGGCGACGUCAUAUUGUGCGGAAGCGCACCCUGCGCAGGCUGCUGCAAGAGAGGGAGCUUGUUGAACCACUGACACCCAGUGGGGAGGCACCAAACCAGGCCCACCUGAGAAUUUUAAAGGAAACAGAAUUUAAAAAGGUCAAAGUUUUGGGCUCUGGAGCUUUUGGCACUGUUUAUAAGGGACUUUGGAUCCCAGAAGGGGAAAAGGUUAAAAUUCCUGUUGCUAUUAAAGAAUUGAGAGAGGCUACAUCGCCAAAAGCCAACAAGGAAAUACUUGAUGAAGCCUAUGUGAUGGCUAGUGUUGACAAUCCUCAUGUGUGCCGCUUGCUGGGAAUCUGCCUCACUUCCACUGUGCAGCUCAUCACCCAGCUCAUGCCUUAUGGCUGCCUCCUUGACUACAUCCGAGAGCACAAGGACAACAUUGGCUCCCAGUACCUUCUCAACUGGUGUGUGCAGAUUGCAAAGGGAAUGAACUACCUGGAGGAACAUCGCCUGGUACACCGUGACCUUGCUGCCCGGAAUGUCCUUGUUAAGACUCCACAACAUGUGAAAAUCACAGACUUUGGGCUUGCAAAGCUUCUUGGGGCAGAUGAGAAGGAGUAUCAUGCAGAGGGAGGCAAGGUCCCUAUUAAAUGGAUGGCAUUGGAGUCAAUCUUACACCGAAUUUAUACUCAUCAAAGUGAUGUCUGGAGUUAUGGUGUGACAGUCUGGGAGUUGAUGACAUUUGGGUCCAAGCCUUACGAUGGGAUCCCUGCAAGUGAAAUCUCCUCUGUCUUGGAGAAGGGCGAGCGUUUGCCCCAGCCACCUAUUUGUACCAUUGAUGUGUACAUGAUCAUGGUCAAAUGCUGGAUGAUUGAUGCAGACAGCCGUCCCAAGUUUCGUGAGCUGAUUGCAGAGUUCUCCAAAAUGGCUCGUGACCCUCCCCGCUAUCUUGUUAUACAGGGAGAUGAAAGGAUGCAUUUGCCUAGCCCUACAGAUUCCAAGUUUUAUCGCACCCUGAUGGAAGAGGAGGACAUGGAAGACAUUGUGGAUGCAGAUGAGUAUCUUGUCCCACAACAGGGCUUUUUCAACAGCCCCUCUACAUCUCGAACUCCUCUCCUGAGUUCAUUGAGUGCUACAAGCAACAAUUCUGCUACAACCUGCAUUGACAGAAAUGGGCAGGGGCACCCCGUGAGGGAAGACAGCUUUGUCCAGAGGUACAGUUCAGACCCAACAGGCAAUUUCUUGGAGGAGAGCAUAGAUGAUGGCUUCCUGCCUGCUCCAGAGUAUGUAAACCAGCUUAUGCCCAUUGACCCAUCUACUGCCAUGGUCCAGAAUCCAAUCUACAACAACAUCUCUCUCAAAGAAAACUCAAAGCUCCCCAUGGACUCAAGCUACCAGAAUUCCCACAGCACAGCUAUGGACAACCCUGAGUAUCUCAACACAAAUCAGUCCCCACUGGCCAAAACAGUCUUUGAGAGUUCUCCUUACUGGAUCCAGUCAAGUAAUCACCAAAUAAAUCUGGACAAUCCUGACUACCAGCAGGACUUCUUACCAAAUGAAACAAAACCUAAUGGUCUCUUGAAAGUUCCUGCAGCAGAAAAUCCAGAGUACUUGAGGGUAGCAGCACCAAAAAGUGAAUACAUUGAAGCUUCUGCAUGACCACAGAGGAUCUCUUCUUGCAGUGAGGCAAGCCAGACUGGUGAAUUGCCUGGCUGUUGCAAGAACAAAUGCUGUUCAGCACAAAUGUCAACUGCAAUGCAGCAAUAAGCACACUUCAGCACACAAUCUGAAUCUGCAAAGCCAAUCUCACAGGACAGUUUGGUUCUUUUCUUACCCAUUUCCACGUAUAGCUUAAGCCCAUACUCUGCACUGAGAUGUGUGUUGAAAUGGAAUGGGAUCUUCCUGUACAGAAAAAAAUAUAGAUGCAUUCCUUUCAUUUUCGAAUGGUAGCAUGGUAAGAAGCCACUCUGGAAUGAACUUGUAAGCUGUACACUCUGUACGGUCAAAUUCCUUUCUAUGAUAUUUUUGUAGUGUAUUUUUAUAAAUGUUUCUAUUUUGGAUCUUUUACAAGAUUAGAUGCUUGUACUGCUUGUCUGUUAGCUGGUGAUCAGAUCAGCAGCAGAAAGAAAAACAAUGUUACUAAAUAGUUUUCCAAAAGUUCUGGAACAGAAAGUUAUUUUCAAUCACAGGAUUUUUACAAAUUGGCUCCACAAACUGCAUCUUGGCAUGAACAGGAAAAGUGCAUCUGGUGGAUAUAUAAGAGAUUCAUUCCAUGGCAGGAUGAAGCAGAUUAUUCUGGGGAAAACAAGCACAAGGAGUGAACGGAAAGUCCCAUCACCUACUGACCACUGCUGUUAAAAACUCACAGGAGAAAUGGAGCUCACAAUAAUUUGUAGAUUUUUACAGAGCACUCACUGGUCUGUUUUCUGAUAGUAAAAUACAAGGUGUUUUUCUGAUGUAUUAUGCUGUUGUAGAGUUGUCAAAAUGACUCUCUUUUUCAACAAAACUUUUAAAGAUGUUGCCAUAACUGAAAAAUUAAGCAUCAAAUAAUGUUUUGCAGACUCUAAACAAAUGUCAAGGAAAUGCAAAUGGUUGCAAAUUGGAGCCUUCAUGAGACAGAUGCGAAGACUGAUACUAAAUUAAACUUGAGUAAGGCAAGAAACACAGGUAGCUCUAGCCAAGUAGUCUCUUUUAGAGACUUAGAAAUCUUUUUCCUACAUUUGGCAAAGAAAAUAGUCAUGCCCAUGUUAGCACUUUACUCACUUCCAGGCAGAAAAUGGCCAGUAGCUGUGACACGCCAGAGCUGUUUGCUUCAAUGUACCUUUUCCCAUGGGGUGACCUCUUGCACCUCAAAGCAAUGCAGGAGGAUCAGUGAGCAUGGGUUUGGGAAAGAAAGAGUAAUCUAGAAUGGUGGAAAAAGUUGCCUUCCUCUUAUGAAACACAGAACUUCUCACUGCUUCUUCAACACAACACAGCUUAGGCUUCUGUUGUCAGUGUAGAAGAGGCAGACUAGCCAAGAUUAAGAUUUUAGCUUAAUAGUAUAAAUGCUCUGAAUACCAAUAGUGUGUCAGUCACAGGAGACAAAGCAGGUGCUCUUUCAAGGGCUCCACAUUACAGAAUCUAAAACUCCCCUAAUAAUGACAUUUCUUUAUGAAGGCAAUAGGAGUAAAAUGCCCAAAGUGUGACUUUCCAGCAGCUUGGCAGCAGUGCAAUUUUAAUCAAACCAUUAGUUUAGAAAUCGAAAGCAUGUUCAUCAAUUUUAGAACAUUGUUUUUACAGAUUUACUGAAGAGUGAAAGAAUGGUGAUGUGAAAUGGCCCUUUUUAUAGGUAAUGCAGUGAAAAAGACAUCAGCAGCUUCUGUGUGUACAGUAGUUGAUCAGCUGUCUUUCAGCUUGAGGUAGAGAAGUGUAUUUAGUCAAAAUCCAAAGGUUUUCUUGGUGUGCUAUUUCACAAGAUCUGUGUCACUGAGACGUGAGUCCCAGCCACAGAGCUAUGGGGAAUUAAGUGUCUGACUUUGAUUAUUACUUGUUUGUGUUUAAAACAAUAACCAAAAUUUAGUUCCCAUGUCCAGCUAGUGGCAAAUUUCUCCUUGUAUUCCUGAGAGCACAUUUGUUCUGUUGCUCUCAAAAGCAGUGUGAAUGCCCAGACAGUGCUUUUCUGCCCACCUGCCACCCCAAGAGGAAUGUAAAUAAAACCAAUAUGCAUUUUAACAGAAAGCACAGAUAAUUUUCAGUUCACUAAAUCUGUUCUGUCUCCAAGCAGAACUCUAGAAAAUCAUACAGUGCAUGUACUCCCAUAGCACAUUUCCAACAGCAUUACAUAGAAGAAUGUAUUGAUGUUUUAAUCUUUCAUCUGAAACAAGAAAACCACUAAGAAUGAGAAAUAUAUAUAACCAGUGUUACGUAGCAUUAAAUUGUUAGUUUGUUUGCCCUUCUAAAGCUAUUUAGGAGGAAUUCAGAGGUGACUUAUUACUAGAAACAGGCAAAUACAUCUAAAAAUUAUUUUAUAUAUAUAUAUAUAUAUGGAUGUAUGUUCUCAUUAAUAUAUACAUAUACAUGCAUAUAUAUUUAUAUUAAUGAGAACAGUAGGAAAGAGGCUUUAGAUCUUGAUAAGAAUGUACAGGAAGAUUCCAGAUCUGUGGGAUUAGCUGCGUUGUGAAAUAAUUCCACUAAAUAUGCACCCUUUAAGCCAUGAUUUGUAAAUAGGAAGCUCAGUAAUGAUUAAAAAGCGAGGAAAAAAAAAAAAGGCAGUGAUUCGAGGGGCAGAUACAGCAGCACUGGGGGUGGAUGAGAUUGUGCAGCUGUGUUGUCACUGGAGGCACAGAUACUACACAGGGCAGUGCUUUUGGAUAACAGGUAUUAGCAAGGUACCCAACAGUUGUCACUGAAAAAAAUAAUUAGCAGCUGAAAUGCUUUUUCUUCUCACUGCAGGUCACCAUGUAACAGCAAGUAGCCCUGUAGGUGCUGGUAAAGCCAAACUGGAUCAGGCAGCACUUUCACAGGAGUUACAGCACCUUGCUGAUGCUGCGCUGUAUGAAAUGCAGGCUGCUGAAUGGGACAUAGAAAUUGUAGGCUUAUAACUUUUAUGAAACUAAGUAUUAGUAUUUUAUUUUCUAAAUAAAUAAAAUAAAGGCACUGCAUCUUGACAGCUUACAUAUAUCAGCAUCCAAAAAUAACUCAAAAGCUCUGCCUCAAAAUAUCUCUCAGGAUAUAUGGGAAUAAAACACUGAUUUUAAAAACAUAACUAAACUGGGUAGUGUAACACACCACAGCCACUGUUAAAUGGUAACUGACAAUUUACAAUCCAGAAAAUAAAACUUCAGUUUUCUCUGUAUUUCUCAUGGAAGGCAAAAUGAUACCACUCUUAAGUUAGUGUUUCUUAAUCAUAAAGCAGUUAGUGACAAACUAUUUUAAGUAACAAUUUAAGCAUUACAUGCUUGGAUAUGAAAACGUAAGUCACAUCAAGAAUGUUCAUGUUACUUCAAUGUUUUCCAGCAAUCCAUGUGUGGUAUCAGUGCACUUUAUUUCACUUGGGCCUUGGGUUGUUUUCUCUGCUGCAAAGGAAAUUGGCUUGGGAAUUCUCCUACAUAAGGCAUUAUGGGAGAAGUAGUCUGGAUCAGGACUAAGCUUGUGUCCUCCCUCUUGAUGAAGACCAUAUACUGUUGGAGCAUCAAACUUUGCAUGUAACAUUUUGCAAGAAUACUUUGUAAUGUUUUAUCACCACUGAAUCAGUCUUCUAUACUGGAAUCCCAUUUUCUAGUGUUCUUUCUGUAAGUUUUAUCUCUUUGUUCCAACAUACAAGUUUUUAAGGAGACUUUUAAAAAAAUAAUAGAUAAAAUUUAUACAAAAGAAAAGUAUGACAUUUUUUAAAAUCUUUUUUAAUAAGCUACAUUAGGACCAAAGAUGUAAUGUUUUGUUCUCAUGCUUUAAAGAAAUAUGGUACUGAUCACCACUCUCACGCUAUCUCAUUACAAGGAAAAGCUGCUGAUCUCCAUCCUUCAUUGAGACUGGCCAAAGCAUCACUGUGCUAGGGGGGCUUCACAGGACAUUGAGGCCUGUCCAUAGAAAACCAAACCAAACAUCGAAACCAGAUAUAAAUUCUGGGCCAGAUCUAUAACCUCUGCUCAAUUUUGAUUCAUUUUCUGUUCAAUGCAAUAGCUAAACAAGGACACAGUAAAGAAAAACAGAAACAACUACAUUAUAUUUUGGCUCAGAUUUAGGAAAAAAUACAAUGAUGAGACAUGAUUAGAUAGCUGCCUUUUAUGUGAAUAUGUAGGCAGACAGCAAGACUUUAAAAUGAAAGCACUUUUUGUUAUGUAUUACUUUAAUUAUGUGGAAAAUUUGAAAUCGUGACACUUCCAUUAUAGGACUUACUUUCUGUCGAACAUUCUGCCUAGUUGGGCAUUGUGUGUAUUUGCAGAUCACCUGUGUUACCAAAGCCUAGUGGACUGAAAAUUGUUAUUCAUUCACAUCAGUAAUAGGUACUGUACAUAAACCCCUCAUUCUUCUACAUGGGAAGUGAAAUGAGACCGGGAGAAGAGAAUGCAGAGACAUCAGGCUGUACUGCAAUUAGCAGAGAAGGAAACCCUUAGUAGCAUUAGAAAAAAGAAGUUUCCUGAAGAAAAAGAGAGAUUAUAAGACCUGGCAAGAGACAUGUUACUUGCAUCACUGAAGUCAUCAGGCAAAAUACCUUUGGCAGUUUCAGAGCUGGUGUUUUGCCACCUUUACUCUUGUCUUCCUGCAUGCUUCAGCUUUGUUGAACUUGGGGCUGUCUGGAUGUGAUGUGGUUUCUCUGUAUUUUCUCCUUGAAGCAAUGAAUUUUCUGAUUAAUAUGGUGAAAAAAAUUAAACACAAAACCACACCUGCAACCUAUGGAAUGGACUUGCUGAAUUUUUUUCUUUUCUUAUGUAGCUGAACAUUUACAGUUGCUCUGGAAUUGAGCCAAACCAUACUCCUAACCUCUCACUAUCUCACUGAAAACUGUGGAUUUUCAAUCUAUCUUCAAUCAUCAAUGCUAUUCUUAUAUUUAAUGAAAGGUCCAUGUGAAGUAGCUGUCUACAGUGAUAGAAGAGUUGGCUUACAUAGCUAAGUUUCUUUCUAAUUCUUCAUUCCUAAUUCUGUUAACCUUGAAAUUAAUGGGUUGAAUCAAGUGAAAUCACUGAAAGUAUAAAACAAGGCUAAUGUUGAGUGAUUUUGAUAACCAGAGAUCCUAUGGAUCUAUUGCCCCAUUUUAGGCUGCUUUGCAUUGAUGCAAUCAAUUGAAUAUAAAGAAUAAUGUCUUUGUUUUAAUGAACUGUCAAGCAAUAUAUCCAUAGAUACAAGGUACCCUUGCAGCUUUGUAAAGUUACUCAACUAUGAAAGCACUAUUUGUUCAAGAAACUCAUGACUUUUAUAUAGUUUAAUGGUUUAUACUGUUGAUCAAAGAUUGUUUGUAUAUUGAGUGAGAAUAAUGAGGUGUAUGUUAUUCAUUUUAUUUGUUUUUAAUUUGUUGAGAACUUUUGUUGUGAUAUUUGUUGUAUUUGGGGGUAUGAAAAAUCAGUGGCUAGCCUACAGUGUCUGUAGCCAGAAAAGAAAUCACAUUAGGAAUUCUUUAUUGACGGACUUAGAUUUUUGUGGUCACCUGGGGGAUUUAUCCAGUGCUUAGUGAAGCUAAUAACAAAAGCUUUCCUCUCUUCAAGACUCUUUGGAUCUCUAAGCACAGUGCAGGAGUUCCAUAAUGUGAGUAAAAAUUCAGCUAACAAUUGUAACAAUUGCAAGUGCAAUAAAAAAAGACACGGUGCUGCUUAUCAGGGCGCUAACAAAAGCUGCUCUUUCAUAAUACAUGGCAGGUUCUCACUUCAGUUUUAUGGGAAAAGCAAAAGGACAGUCAAGCAGCCCCUCAGAUUCUCAUUCAUGUGGCAUUUGGCACAUAGAGCUAUACUGAUGGACACCUCUGAAUUUCAUAAUCAUGAGUUUUGCAACAACAACACAGCACAACUCCAUUGUAAGGAAGUCCAAAGUUUCAAUUAGAGUCACACACAUGAAAAACAGAUACAUUAUUACACUACUCUAGUAAAACGGAAAAAUUCUGUUAUCAAAGCAAAUGAAAUAAAACUUCAAGGUUUCCCAAGCAUUGGUAUUUAAUUAUCCAGGUGGUAGAUCACAUAGCAGACAAAGAUAAAAAGAAUUGCAGCAUCUGUGAUAUAAGACAGCAAAAUACAUUGGGUUUACAGUACAGUAAAGAGGAGCUAGAACUGAUGGUACACAUUCAGCCUGGAUAAGUCCCUGGUAUCAUUGUUAGUAAACUAAAUCAUUUUUUCCUCACCAAAGAUUAAUUUUGUAUAUAGGAAAAAAACAAAAACAAAAAACAAACAAACAAACAAAAAACCACUACAGCACCUUUCUCAUUUUCAUCUUUCUAUCCAGUCCCUUCCAACACGUAGGCUGCAUGUUCUACCAGCUCAACUUGCUUUAUGCAGAAAUGAUGUAGUCUUAAUUUUACUGGUUCUCAGAAAUGUCUAAUGUGUAUUAAUGCAUGAUAUUUUUAUUUUAAUAAAAGUAGUUAAAUAAAUCUGCUGCUUAGAGA